UCUCCCUUUCUCCCGCUCUCGUCCUUUCUGCCCUCGAGUCUUUCCCUCUCUCCUCCCCCCUCAGUCCCCCUCGUUUCUUUCUUCCUUCUCUCCUGGACAUUUGCUGUAGUGACCGGUCCGCGCUCUUUCCCUUUGCGCUCUCUCUCACCUCUACUCGCUUUUCUCUGGCAACUGGGAAUGCUAAAACAGAACUGAUGGACAUUUCCGAACUUUGCAUCUCAGACUCCCUCAGCUACCACAACCAGCUGCUAGGCAGAAUGUCCACGGAUGAGCGGCACCUCACCUCCAGCUGUGGAUCCUUCAUCAAGACCGAGCCAUCCAGCCCUUCCUCCGGUAUUGACGCCAUCAGCCACCACAGUCCCAGUGGCUCAUCGGAUGCUAGUGGUGGUUAUGGCAUGACUAUAGGGGGCCACCCUAAUGGCCUGGACUCACCGCCCAUGUUCAACAGUGCAGGGAUUGGUGGCGGGCCCUGCCGCAAACGGUAUGAUGACUGCGCCAGUGCCAUCAUGGAAGACUCGCCCACCAAGUGCGAGUAUAUGCUCAACGCCAUUCCGAAGAGGCUGUGUCUAGUGUGUGGGGACAUUGCGUCUGGAUAUCACUAUGGAGUGGCUUCCUGUGAAGCAUGCAAAGCCUUCUUCAAGCGGACAAUUCAAGGGAACAUUGAAUACAGCUGUCCAGCUACCAAUGAAUGUGAAAUCACAAAACGGAGGCGCAAGUCCUGUCAGGCAUGUCGCUUUAUGAAAUGCCUCAAAGUGGGGAUGCUGAAAGAAGGGGUCCGCCUGGAUCGGGUCCGUGGGGGUCGCCAGAAGUACAAAAGACGACUGGACUCUGAGAGCAGCGCUUACCUGAGCUUACAAAUCCCCCCUCCAGCCAAAAAGCCAUUGACUAAGAUUGUCUCCCACUUGCUGGUGGCAGAGCCAGAGAAGAUUUAUGCUAUGCCUGAUCCAACUAUGCCAGAGAGUGACAUAAAAGCACUGACCACACUAUGUGACCUGGCAGACAGAGAGCUGGUUGUGAUCAUUGGCUGGGCAAAGCACAUCCCAGGUUUUUCUAACCUUUCCUUGGGCGACCAAAUGAGCCUGUUGCAGAGUGCCUGGAUGGAGAUCCUCAUCCUGGGUAUUGUGUACCGCUCAAUUCCCUAUGAGGAUAAAUUGGUCUAUGCUGAAGAUUAUAUCAUGGACGAAGAACACUCUCGUUUGACGGGGCUGCUGGAGCUCUAUCUGGCCAUCCUGCAGCUGGUACGCAGGUACAAGAAGCUGAAAGUGGAGAAGGAGGAAUUUGUCACGCUUAAGGCCCUAGCUCUUGCCAAUUCAGAUUCAAUGCACAUAGAAGACAUGGAGGCAGUGCAGAAGCUCCAAGACCUUCUCCAUGAAGCUCUUCAGGACUACGAGCUGAGUCAGCGUCAUGAGGAGCCACGGCGCGCAGGCAAGCUGCUGCUGACCCUGCCCCUCUUGCGGCAGACGGCCGCCAAGGCCGUGCAGCACUUCUAUAGCAUCAAACUGCAGGGCAAGGUCCCCAUGCACAAACUCUUCUUAGAAAUGCUUGAGGCCAAGGUCUGACAGAUCCAGCCCUACCCACAGUGCCCAGGAAGCAAACUGAGAACAGAGAUGCAGCCGUGGAGCAAACCAAACAGAGGUGGCAGCUGGCUUUUAUCUCCAAUCAUUUAUUACAGAAGAAUUAUUUAACGUCCAUCUGGUGGCCUGCCAGCCUGUACAUCCAUCUGAAGAUUAUUGUGUACAGAAGGGGAAACUCUUUUAAUCAACAUCACUCUCUUUUUCUUUUUUGUGGAAAAUUCCAGAACAAGCUCUUGCACUUGCAGAGGGAGCCAAAGGAAAUUUGGAGCCCCGGAGCAGUGAUGCUCUUUGCACUAUCCAGGGCAGCUGAGUCCUCUCUCUUCCUACCUUCUCUGUUCUAGAGAAGGGGAGUAGGGACUGAAGCAGAAAGUGGUGAAAAAUAAGAAUCUAUAGUAUUUGUAGCAUGGGGGUGCUGGAGAAGGGGGUAAAAACAUGGGCAUCAGUGAGUCUGUGGCUUCACGGCCAUUCCUUGAAGCACGGACCCAUGUGAUAGUUGCUGGUUUGGAGAAACACAUAAUGAAAUCUCUUAUGCUCAAAAUGGCCUCCCCUUGCGCUUAAACUAUUCAUAGAACAUGUACAUAGAGAGACCCUACUUCUUAUUGGGAAGGACAGUUCGAACCAUGUAAAAUAUACCAUGAUCUUGUACAGUGUCUUUGCACCUGGCUUCCCACCCCCCCACCCCCCACCCACAUGCGAUCACAACAUUCCCAAUGGCUGCUGGUGAAGCUGGAGCUAUGUCCCUGAGGAGAAGGCUUCGUCUGAGAGCAUGUAAAAGGAGGGGGGCUGACAUUUUUUUUCUUCCAGGGUCCUAUUUGCUUGAUAAUCCCCUCACCCUCCUAUAUGUGGUGCUAUUUAAAACCCCUCUACCUCCUUCGUUCUUUUCCUGCUUGUCACAGAACCUGUCUGGCAUGAGGGGGUUCAAAUGAGAAGGUAUUCCCAAAGAAGGUCAUUUCCCAGUUUUUUCUGGAAUAAGUGGAUAUUGGGAUCUGAACCCAGAUAUUGGUAAUAUUAAAUGAUUGGGGAAAAUCACCUCAAAGGCUGCUGGGCUUGUAUCAUAUCCCAAGGACCAAGCCACCCCACCCCCACCCCCUCCAAAUUGGGUGAGAUUUAAUUACUGCUUCCUAAAUAACUCUUCUUUCCUUCUUUGAUUUGGCAACACUUAUAUCUUGGCCAUUUGCUUGAACCUAGUACAGGUCAGGGACAAGAGGGCUUAAUUUGAGCCACAGGUGUUAUCCCCAAAGCAUGUGAAGUGGGAAAUAGGAGAACACCUCUGAAAAUGCAAUGGGCAUUUCCCUUGCUACUGAGGAUAAUGGUCACAUGUCUUCGCUUGGAUCCUACCACACUUGCUCAUCAAUAUUUAAAUUCUUCCUCUGAUAGAAAUGGAGUGAUAUCGGAGUCAAGCCUUUGAAUCUGAGAUCAGCAGGUAGUUCUGCCAGGUUAUGGGACAUGACUUCCAGGUAGCCUCAAUACCUCCUUCCCACAUCAGGUCUCAAGCAUCAUUUAUCUGGGCAUAGUACAAACUCGUAACAUAGAUACGUUGUGUAGCUUAGUGCAGGCAAGAAAUCAACACAAGGCGGUUCCCUCUCCCUGAUACCACAUGAUUCAUACAGUCUUAUGAGUCAUGAAAUAAAUGUCUCUAUUUUAUUUUUGCAAUGUCAGAAACAGAUCAGAUAUGGUAAGGAACUUGCAGCCUGGGGCAUGACAUGUGGACAGUGUUGGCCAAGAUGAAUUUCACAUAGGAAGUCAAACAGAACCAGCUGAGCAAAGCAAUAAGAGCAGAUUUUUUUAAAAACAUCAAGUCACAGCUCACUUAUGGUGACCCCCAUAGAGUUUUCAAGGUAAGAGAUGUUCAGAGAUGGUUUGCCAUUGUCUUCCUCCACCUCACGACCUUGGUAUUCUGCCAGAUUUGAGGUUGAGAGUAUGUGACUCGCCCAAGGUCACCUAGCAUGUUUCCAUGUUUUUCAACCUGUGUUUCCCAGGUCCUGUUCUGACACCUUAACCUCUAUACCAUGCUUGCUCUCAUAAAAAGGCAACCAUCAAUUGCUAGGUGAGGGCUGCAUGUUCUCUUAGUUCCUUCCCAGCUCACCCUUUCAGUCUUAGCUCAGUUCUUGUGUGUUUACUUCCAAACUCCAGUCCAAAACUCUCCUCAACAAGACAGACAACAUGAGUCACCUGACUGAAGAAAUCAUUUUUCUGAGGGAAAAUUGAAAAUAUAUGCUGGGUGUUAAUUGAGCAGCCAUCUCUUGAAGUGUCGUAUAGCAUUGGCAGCUAUUUUGGGUCCAAAUUCAAUAUUAGACAGAUGCCUGUAAUAUUCUACCUUGGUUGUUGUUGGGGUUUUUUAGCCUCCAGCUAUUUUUUUCAAUCAUUCCUCCUGUCCGGUUGCUUUACCACACAUGGGGGAAAGAUAUAGAUAUAUUUUCCCAUCACUUUUUACAGAGCAAAUCUCUUGUCUGAAUGCCCUUCCAUAUUCCACCAGUGUUUUCUGAAUGGCAGAUAGAUGCCCCUUUGCAAAGCAAACGUGUUAGUGGCUUGAGACAGCGAGUACGCUUGAAGGUACAGGCUUUGGUUGCAGGAGCAUGUUGGGAGAAGCAUGCUCUUCUCAUUGAUACAAAUGUUCUUCCUUGCCUCCUUGGAAUGCUCAGAAGGGUAAAGUUGUGCUGAACAGGAGGGAAUGGGGGAAGUGCAAAAAUGGACAGUUUAGUUCCCACCUUAGUGAGGCUUCUUAAUUAUUCUUUUCAAAUAAACUGAGGUUGUAAAAAGCAUGAAAACUGCCCUGCUGGAUCAUGCCAAAAUUCAUUUUUUCCAUUAGUGACCGGUCUUGGAUGCUCACAAGUAAGAGACAAUAACGAUAGCCUUCUUCUGGUGAUGGCUGACAUCAGCAAGUUAUCAAGGAUAGAUUCCACCCAGAUGGGAAUGCUUUCUGAAAGGACCCCAUGGAUCACUGUUCUGCUCCAAGGGGCGGACAUUCCCUGUUUCUCUUUUAAGACCACUCCAACUUGCGACACAUAUUGACCAUAUAAACCUCAGUGAAUUUGAAAAUGACCAUAAUUGCUUUUUGAAGGACAAACAUCUGUCACAUAGACUCAGCAAAGAAAACUGCAGUGGCAGGUUUGGAAUUAACUGGUUAGAACAUACACCCAAGGAGGCUUAUAACAAUCUGGCACAGUAGAAGCUUGACAAAUAUUUACAGAUUGUGGGAAUACCUCUGAUUAGCAGCAGUUUAACAAGAGGGGGACAGCUGUAGUUUCCUGCAUGUGGAACUGGAAAGUGAUGUUUGUGUGUCUGGGUAUGCAACAGUUUUGGGUGCGUUUUUGCUUUGCAACUGUUAACACGGUUUUGAGAAUAAACUAUCAAAGGCUUUGCAAGGAUUGAACUCCUAGCACAAGAAUGGCUCUGCCCUCAACAAGUUCUUGUACAAUUGUAGCUUCCAUGGAGUAGGCAAGCCCUUAAGUACUAAGCCCAGGGUUAGAUUAGAACAAGGCAUGCAAGUAAGGUGCCUUCAUUAGACUGUAAGCAUAAGGGUAGUCAACCCACUCCUUUCCAGGGGGCUCCCUUCAAGGGGGGGGGGCAAUUUGUAACCCACAGUGUACUCUCCUCAAAGCUUUGCAUAUAUGUACACAAACCGUACUGAGCAAUGCAACCUCCCCCAUGUGACAACAAAUUCUGCUCUUCCUUACUGAGAACAAAACUCUCUGGCCUUUCGAGUAAAAGUUUUUUAAAAGUUCAUGGGAAUCAGUUCAGAUCCAUGGUAGGAUACCAGCCCCACUUAUAUCUGAGAAACUGGGCACCCCUUUGCAAUUAAAAAAAUGUGAAGGAAAUUCAAAACUGCAACCAAACAGUAUUGUUCAUGCCAAAUGGGAGAGUGUUAGUUUCUCUUCAUUAUCAGACUUUUGAAACUCUUAAACACAUAUGUUGAAACCAUGCUACAGCAGCCUGUCAAGAGCAAAGAGAUGGAGAAAGACUUAAGAAUGUAAGUGGCUGACCUGUGAGAAGCCACCCUGUGUAGCUACAGCCAAUCAAGUGGUCAAAGCCCCAGCCCAGUACCUGUGGCUUGAUGGUUAAAGGCAAGCUGAAAAGCUAUGCAGGGUACCAUAGUCGGAGAGUGAAAUAAACAGUAUCUACUCAACUAUUAUCUGCUCCUGAAAAAAACUGUUACAUAACUAAUUAAAUAAAUCGUAUUCUUGUGGUACAGGUCAUUUCAAACAAACUGAGAAAUAAAACCAAUGUAAAAGCAAAA